AAACAGAGCAUGGGCAAAAUUGUCAAAAGGAGCAUUAGCAGUGUGUGAGGUUUAUCAGUGCAUCGCCUCUUUGAGAAAGCUGAAUUCAACCCAUUUGUUAAGAGAGUUUCUUCAGCGAUGACUCAAGACGUAGAGAUGAAGGAGCAAGCUCCUCUUUCUAAUUCCGUUACAUCCACUGCCCCUUCUGUCUUGCACCAUUUGAAGGAGAUAGCAUCCUUGAUUGAGACUGGGGCAUAUGCUCGUGAGGUGCGAAGGAUUUCGAGAGCUGUGAGACUGACUAUGGUACUGAGGAAGAAGCUAAAGGCUUCUUCAAUAUCUGCUUUCCUCAAUUAUGUUCUAGUGCCUGGAUCCGAGGUGCAUUCCAGGCUAUCUUCCUUCUUACCCAAGGAAGAUGAGCAUGAUAUGGAAGUUGAUACUGCAACCUCUGGAACUCCGGUGCCGGUCAAGCAUCCUUUGCCAGAGCUUGAGAUCUAUUGCUACUUACUUGUCUUGAUAUUCUUAAUUGAUCAGAAGAAAUACAGCGAGGCUAAGGCAUGCUCCUCAGCAAGUAUCGCUCGUCUAAAAACUGUCAACAGGAGGACUGUUGAUGUACUAGCUUCUAGGCUUUACUUCUACUACUCCUUAUGUUAUGAACUUACUGGCGAUCUUUCCGAAAUUAGAGGUAAUCUCCUUGCAUUGCACCGGAUUGCAACAUUGCGCCACGAUGAGUUGGGUCAGGAAACACUUCUCAAUCUGCUGCUGAGGAAUUAUCUUCACUACAACUUAUACGAUCAAGCAGAGAAAUUGAGGUCAAAGGCCCCCCGUUUUGAAGCUCAUUCAAAUCAGCAGUUCUGCAGGUACCUCUUUUACCUUGGAAAGAUCAGGACAAUCCAGCUGGAGUACACUGAUGCCAAAGAAUCUCUUCUUCAAGCUGCUCGUAAAGCUCCUCAAGCUGCUCUUGGUUUCCGAGUUCAAUGCAACAAAUGGGCUAUUAUUGUCCGGUUGUUGCUUGGAGAGAUCCCCGAAAGGACUGUCUUUAUGCAGAAAGGCAUGGAGAAAGCAUUAAGGCCAUACUUUGAGCUGACAAAUGCUGUUCGCAUAGGAGAUCUGGAGUUAUUUAAGAAUGUUGCAGAGAAGUUCUCCAGCACUUUCACUUCAGAUCGAACCAGCAAUUUGAUUGUGAGACUGCGGCAUAAUGUCAUUAGGACUGGGCUACGUAACAUCAGCAUCUCAUACUCUCGGAUCUCACUGGUUGAUGUUGCUAAAAAACUGCGGUUGGAUUCUCCAAACCCUGUUGCUGAUGCUGAGAGUAUCGUGUCCAAAGCAAUUCGAGAUGGUGCAAUUGAUGCUACGUUGGAUCAUGCUAAUGGAUGGAUGGUGUCAAAGGAGACCGGUGACAUAUACUCUACAAAUGAGCCUCAAAUUGCUUUUAACUCAAGAAUUGCUUUCUGUCUUAAUAUGCACAAUGAGGCUGUCCGUGCUCUUCGAUUUCCUCCAAACUCCCACAAGGAGAAAGAAAGUGCUGAGAAGAGGAGAGAGAGACAACAACAAGAACAAGAGCUUGCUAAACACAUAGCUGAAGAGGAUGAUGAUGAUUUCUGAGAGUUUAAUAUCAGCAGCAUCAUCAGAUGCACGAGGAUGAUGCCUUUUAAAGAUUUCCCUACCAUUCGAAAUUUGGAUAUUCAACUUUGUCCUUGGUUUAAACAAAUAUCUCUAUUUGCAAAUUAUCUCUUGGCCUUCUAGAUUCUGAGACUAGGUUUCUUGAUUAAUGUGUUACUGUUUUAGUAAAAAUAUUACUGCUGGAUACUGCCCUCAUUUGUUUCUCUCCAAGUACUUGUUUAUCCAUUUACUUUUGGGAAAAA